UCUUUCAUUUUUACAAGAAAAUUGUGAUAGGAAUGGCAGACGCACCUUCGUCCAGUGCGCCUAAGGCUAAGGCGCCUAAAACAAAGGCCCCCAAAGAGAAGGCUCCCAAGGCCGCCCCAGCUGCUCCUGCGGAACCACCUAAAGCCGUGCGUAAAGUGUCGUCGAAGCCUCGUCAUGGUAGACUGUACGCUAAAGCUGUGUUCACAGGAUACAAACGUGGACUACGUAACCAGCACGAGAACACAGCACUUCUAAAGAUUGAAGGGGCUAGAGAUCGUACAGAUGCAGACUUUUAUGCUGGCAAGCGAUGUGUGUAUGUUUACCGAGCCAAGAAGAGGACACCAAUCGCUGGUGGUCCCCGUGGCAAGAAGACCAAGCUUCGUGCUAUAUGGGGCAAGGUGACCCGCCCACAUGGAAGUUCCGGCAGUGUGCGUGCUCGUUUCAAGAGCAAUUUGCCUGCACAUGCUAUGGGACAUAGGAUACGAGUGAUGCUGUAUCCUUCGAGGAUCUAAGAACCUGUUUAAUUAUAAGCU